AUGCAUGCGUUUCACCAUCUCACCGUACUGCUGAUCGGCAUUCUGCCUGCAUCCGCGUCUACCCUCCCACAUCCCGACGGUGACCGCCAUGUCAAUGCCAGCUGCAGCAGAAGCGUUGCAGUACCCGCGGUAUGGAACGGGUUCGGGUACCUGUUCAACAUCACCGUGGGUACUCCUCCGCAGGAGCUGACGAUGCUCAGUGACUGGACGUGGAUGUCUCUCUUUGUCAGAUCAGGAAGGUGUCUCAACCAAUACGACCCUUCUCUGUGUCUCGGCACCUCUGGUCAGACAUGGUUCGAUGAGAGAGCGUCCACCUCAUUCGCCAACACGUCGUUACCUCAACUGUCAUGGCCGCUUACGGCCUUCGCCCCGAACUUCACCGUCGACUACGGAACGGAUGACGUGUGCAUCGGCGACCUCUGCUCCGCCGGUACGGUCCUACAGGUGUCAGAUUUCCCGUACCCCGGUGAGGGGAUCCCCAAGGUCCCAUUCGGCGGCAUAUUCGGCAUGGCCCCGGUUACGGCCGGUCUCAACGAAACGUUCCACCCUGCCAAUUACCAGGCAUGGAAGGCGGGGAGACUCGGUUCUCGCGUGGGCUGGAACUCCUGUGCCGCACUGGCAUCGUCUGAUCCGUGUCUCGGUGGUGAGGCGAAGCUCGUUUUUGGCGGUACUGAUUCGUCUUUGUACGAUAAUGAUACCCUGCGGAUAUACGAGAUCCAGAAUCCAGACUGGUUAUCCGAUGCCUUCUACCCGCUUACACCCCCACGGGAAAACUACUGGACGACUCCACUGACAGGCAGUUGGAUCCUUGGAACCUCAGAGGAAGGGUCCCGGAACUUUGCGGUUCCUUUUAGCGGCUCCAACGGUAGCAAUGUCACUCCGCUUGCAGUUCUCGACGAGGGCUCUGAGGGUCUCGGUGCACCUCUGUCGCUCAACGCCUACAAUUGGCUAGUUGAUCAAGUAAGAGGCACUCUUGCAUCGAACGAUACCAUUGAAGAGAUCCAUGCCCAAGGAUCAUCAGGAUUCAAUACCGCCGAGCAGGAUUGGUACACCGUAUCCUGCGAUGAAAUCGACAGCUACCCUGAGCUUGUCUACGAGCUCAAUGGGCACACCAACUACACCAUUCCCCCACAAGAUUAUGUCACCAAGAUUGGCGACUCAUCUACAUGUUAUCUUAACGUCAACGUUUGGAAGUAUGGUCGUACUGAAGAUGGAAACGCCAAGGUGGCUCUGCUGGGUCUUGCGUUCUUGAAGCGGGUGUACGUGGUGUUGGAUUUUGAGACUCAAUCCUUUGGGCUUGCGCCUCUCUCUAUGUAG